AUGGGGCAUGGUCACUUUUUCAAGGAUCAGGUCUUUGGGAAUGACGCGCGAUCGACGAUCGACCUCAUCUGGGCAUCCGCCGAACUCGCUGAUCGCGGCCUUUGCUCUUCCGCGCAGCGACAGUGGCUAUACGCCGCAGAUUAUGUGCCAGAGCUGACAGAACUUGACCUCGGCUGGAGCUCGCCUCCGGCGCGUGAAACCCACAACAAAGACAGGCAAAAACGAUACUGGCAGCUGUGCCACCUACUUGGCCGCGAGAGGAGGAAGAUGGCGAGGCAGGAAUGGAGAGAGACCCGUGGACGGGAGGGGAGGGUCGAAGCAGCGACCAACGUCAUCAACAACUUCUGGGGCCUCUCGAAGGCCGCCCGAAAACAAGAACUGCAUUCUAUAUUCGCCCCCACGCUUGUCUGGGCAAAAGGCAGCGAGCAUGCGACGGCAAAAGAGAAAUCUACAACACGCCCCCUUUCCCCCAUUCUCAUGCUUCGACGGAAAUAUAUUUAUCCAAACCCGGUCGACAUGCUUCCAUCGAUCUCGCCGCCAAAAUUCGUCGCAGCGAUCAAGACAACUGCUUUCUUCUCCGCCCCUAGUGCGACAGACACCCUGAAUGCAGCGCUCGAGCGAGCGAUUCAGCUGCUGCCUACAGUUCUCUCAUUUGUCAACGAUUCUUGA